UUCAAAUUGGGGAAUGAACCACACAUGAAUGAGGCUAUUGAGGCAGACAUGAAAAGAAGAUAUAGCACUUGGCGAUACAAUUUGCAUAAAACAUUUUUGCAAUAUGAAUCAGUGGAGGAGGCACUUGAGAACAGACCUGAAAAUGUAGGAGAAGAUGACUGGGAUUUUCUCAUCAAUUGGUGGCACGAUGACGAGUGGCUGGAAUUGAGCGGAAAAAAUAAGAAAAAUAGAGAUAAGCUAACAAUAACUCAUUGUGCUGGGACAAAAGCAUUUAGUCGCAUUAGAUUUGAAAAUCAAAAUCCUGAGACCGGAGAGGAACCUAGCCGUAUUGACAUGUUCAAGCUGACAAGAUUUAGGGAAAACAAGAAAACAUGGGUCGGAGAUGUCGCUGAAAAUGCUUAUGAGGCUACAAGGAGGGCAUAUGAGGCAGAAAGACGAUCUACCCAACUUGCAGAGGAGUUAGAGGCAAUGAAGGCUAGUGCAGCUCAACAAAAUGAAGAAUUAGAGGCAGUGAAGGCUAGUGCAGCUCAACAAAGUGAAGAGUUAGAGGCAGUUAAAGCAAAGCAAAACGAGACGGACGCACUUUUAAAAAAAUUGCUGGAACAAUUUUCCUCUAGGAAAUAAAGGUAUGUAGUAUCAUGUUUGUUAAUUUAAGAAGUUAGUUUAUGAAUAACACAACAUGGUUUAUU